CUUUUCUUCGAUAGUAUAAUUUACCUAUUUCAUUCGCAUGAUUACUUUUCACACUCCACGCUCCAGCCAUAACACGAAAUGGCACCUUUCUUAGAUGCCCAUAAUUGCCCCUCUGCUGGGUCAGUAUCAUCAUUCGAUGAUCUUAGCCCAACUCCUCCCGCCAUAGAAAUCAAUGGUCUUCGGGACACCGACGAUAUUGCUGUUGUCGGGAUGGCAUGUCGCCUUCCUGGAAAGAUCAACUCCGCCGAGGACUUAUGGACCGCGUUGCUGAACAAGAAGGUUGCUUCGUCAACCCUCGACCCAUCAAGAUGGGAGCCAUAUCAUAGAAGAGAUGCAAGGAAUUCUAAGAUUCUGAAUGAGACGACUCAGAAGGGCUAUUUCCUGGAUAACGUUCAAGACUUCGACGCGUCAUUCUUCGGAAUCUCACCCAAAGAGGCCGUCCUAAUGGAUCCGCAGCAGCGGAUUUCUCUGGAGGUGGCAUGGGAGGCGCUUGAGGACGCUGGAAUUCCCCCGCAGAGUCUCGCCGGGUCGAACACCGCCUGCUUUAUGGGCGUUAACAGCGAUGACUACGGGAAGCUCGUCCUGGAAGAUCUCCCUGGAGUUGAAGCCUGGAUGGGUAUCGGAACCGCAUAUUGCGGUGUGCCAAACCGUAUCUCCUACCUGCUGGAUCUUCGUGGUCCCUCUACUGCUGUCGAUGCGGCUUGCGCAUCCUCCCUGGUCGCCAUCCAUCACGGCGCCCAAUCUUUGAAAUUGAGAGAGUCCGACGUUGCCAUUGUAGGCGGGGUCAACGCACUGUGUGGUCCAGGUCUUACCCGGGUUUUGGACAAGGCCGGCGCCAUUUCAAAAGAUGGUAUCUGCAAAUCGUUCGACGAUUCCGCUAAUGGAUACGGUCGCGGAGAGGGCGCUGCAAUCGUGGUCCUGAAACGAUACCACGACGCGAUCCGCAGCAAUGACCGAAUUUACGCCGUCCUCAAGGGUUCCGCUGUCGGCCAGGAUGGCAAGACCAACGGGAUCAUGGCCCCUAAUGGUGCUGCUCAGCAAGUCGUGGCACGAAAAGCUCUUGGCACUGUUGAUCCGCUCAGUAUUCAAUACGUCGAAGCUCAUGCUACCUCCACAUCUGUCGGCGACCCUGUCGAGAUCGGGGCCAUGUCCGGAGUUUAUGGUCAGGGACGUCCUGCUGAUGCUCCCUGCUACGUCGGUAGUGUCAAAGCCAACGUUGGGCAUCUCGAGGCUGGUGCUGGUGGUGUUGGGUUCAUGAAAGCUGUCACUGCCAUGUGCAAAGGUAGCAUACCACCCCAAGCCAAUCUCGUCACGCCGAAUACGAAGAUUGACUGGGACACUGCUGGUCUCAAAGUAUCAGUCGAGCAGUUGGAAUGGCCUCAGGUUGCUGGCAAGAGACGAGCAGCCAUAAGCUCUUAUGGGUAUGGUGGUACUGUUUCCCAUGCGGUCAUCGAGGAAGGGCCAGCGAUGCGCGAUCGCCUCCUGGUUUCCGAGGGCUCAUUUCCAACGGUGUUCCUGCUCACUGCCCCGCAAGAAAAACGAAUUGCGAUCGAAGCCGCUAGCCUGGCGGACUUCAUCUCCGACGCCGGGACUCGGCACUCUGCAUCCUCUAUCGGAGCCACCCUUGCUACUCGGCGCGGUUUCCACGACUUCCGUGCCGGUCUCAUCAUCGAGGACAAAGAGCAACGUGAUACCCUUCUCCGCUCACUUGCUACUAGAAAAGGCCAUAACCAGAUCGUCUCCAACCGUGCCAAUGCCAAGGAUGCGACUAAAGUCGUUUGGCUCUUCUCCGGCCAUGGUGCUCAAUGGCCAGACAUGGGCACAGAGUUGCUCGCUCACGAACCAGUCUUCCGAACCGCUGUGCAGGACCUCGACACGGUUGUGGCCGAGAUUGCCGGCUUUUCGCCGGUUAAAGCUCUUCGAACCAAGGACUUCGCCUCUUCGGAUCGUGUCCAGGUCCUUACCUAUGUCGUACAAGUCGGUCUGACUGCUCUGCUGCAGUCCAAGGGUAGCCGAGCAGAUGCGAUCAUUGGCCACUCAGUUGGCGAAAUAGCAGCUGCCGUGGCUGCUGGGGCGUUAUCUCCGACUAAAGGUGCCGUCGUAGUCUGCAAGCGUGCUGUCCUCUAUCGACGCCUCAUGGGACAAGGGGCGAUGGUCCUCGUCACUUUGUCCUUCGAAGAAGCUGGAAAACUUCUGAGAGACGAGAAGAAUGCCUACCCGGCCAUAGAUGCCUCGCCAAACUCAUGUGUCGUGUCUGGCACAAUUGAAGCAAUCGACCGCUUCUCCGCAACCUGCAAAGAGCAGGGCAUCAAAGCUCUCAAAGUCAACUCCGACGUGGCUUUCCACACCCCUCUCCUUGCUUCGCUUGCCGAUCCUCUUCAGAAAGAGCUGGCUGAUAUUGAGCCCUGCGUACCGACCAUACCUCUAUACUCGACCUCCGCGGUGGACAGCCGCCAGCAAAUUCCACGAGAUGCCGCUUAUUGGAUUUACAAUAUGAUGAUGCCAGUCCAGCUCACCAACGCUGUCCGCGCUGCUGUUCAAGAUGGUUACCGCCUCUUCCUCGAGGUAUCUGCUCACCCCAUAAUCGCCAACUCAGUCAACGAGACCAUCAUGGAUAUGGACAUUGAAGAUGCCAACGUCUUCCCAACCAUGCUACGCAACAAGCCGGUCCGUACCACGAUCCUCAAAGGACUUGUCAGCCUUUGGUCUAAGGGGGCAAACGUCCACUGGGACAAUUUUUUCAGUGGCGUCAAGUGGGCUGAUGACGUCCCGAAGACUCAAUGGCAGCACAAGCCGUACUAUCAGGAAGUAGGAGCUGGAACCACAUCUAAAGGCCUUUUCCACGACGUUACCCAUCACGCCCUACUCGGUCACAAGAUCAAUGUUGCUGGUGGAGACCAGACAAUCUUCAGCACUCAGCUCGACAACAAUUCGAAGCCGUUCCCUGGUAGCCAUCCGCUUCAUGGCACUGAGAUUGUUCCUGCCGCGGUUCUCUUUAAUACUUUCCUCCACGCUACUAGUGCUGGGCAUCUCUCUGACAUCCAUCUUCGAGUGCCUGUAGCCAUCAGUGCACCUCGUGACCUUCAAGUCAUCUUCGAACCUGGUUCCGUGAAGAUCAUGUCUCGUUUGGUCGGCUGCGCAGAAAAGGAUGACGUGAACAACUCCUGGCUUACACACACCACUGCAACCCCAAGCGCAGAGCGUAUCUUUGUCGGAGAGCAGAUUGACAUCACCGCGACUCAGUCCAGAAUUGGCAAAGAAUUGCCAACAAACUUCACGGUUGACUAUCUUGAGAAGGUUGGUGUUCCGCUUAUGGGCUUUCCGUGGACCGUCACUCACCACGUCGGUACCACCUCUGAGAUGCUUGCUCGAGUCGAUGUCUGUCCAGAUAUUUCGGACGAUGCUGUCUUCCCUUGGGAUGCGAACUCCUGGGCCCCCGUUUUCGAUGCCGCCACUUCGAUCGGUUCUACCCUCUUCUUCAAUGAGCCUCGUCUCCGCAUGCCAGCUUUCGUUGACCGGGUUGCUAUCCGUGAGGGCGCAAUCGCUCCCAAGAUCGCGUAUAUCCAUGUCACCCUUCCUGAUCAGGAGACAGAACUUGCUUGCGACGUCACUGUUCGCGAUGAGUCCGGCAAAGCGCUUGCGAAAUUUUUCUGUAUGCGUUUCUCCGAGAUCGAAGGCACUCCAGGGGCUAUCAUCAGCUCGGAGGGCCUCAUCCACCAAGUUUCUUGGCUACCUGCUUCUAUGCAGGACAAAGCUUUGCCGUUGGAUAAGGUGAUUAUCCUUGGACAGGCAUCUAGCACUCUGACGAGGAAGUACACAAAACAUCUCACCAAACGUGGCAUCCCUUCCCAGAUCCUCGCUCCGAAGCACCUCACUCCGUCGAUUCUAGAGGGCAGCACUGAAGGAACUGUCGUCGUACACAUUCCUCCGCCGGUAACUCCAGCCUACGACAUUACUUCCAGUGCAAACAUGAAUUGCAUUGAACUCCUGGAUAUCGUUCAGCUUGUCUGUGGUGUCAACAGCCCAGCCAGGAUCUACACCGUCACCGAGAACAUCCUGAAGGGCGAGUCGAAGACUGCUCUUGCCCAGUCCCCACUGGUCGGCUUGAGUCGUAUCAUCGCAUCGGAGCUACCUAAAAACUGGGGCGCUCUCAUCGACGUCGACUCGAACAGCUUUCCCUUCCAGGUUAUCAAACAUGUUAUUGGGGCUGAUGUUGUCAAAGUUAAAGAUGCCGUCGCCCGCGUCGCACGCCUCACUGCGCUACCGAAGACUAAGUCUGACUUCGAUCAAGGCCUUAAACCACGACCAGAAGGCACUUACCUCAUCACUGGCGGAUUUGGCUCGCUUGGCUUAGAGGUCGCUUCCCACCUCAUCGACCAAGGCGCUAAACGUAUUGUUCUACUUUCCCGCCGUACCCUUCCACCGCGACGGCAAUGGUCAAACAUCCAAGGCGACAUGGUGCAAGUCAUCGACAAGAUCAAAUUCUUUGAAGAGAGGGGCGCCUGCAUCUAUACCGUUGCGCUUGAUAUUUCCGCGUCUGGGUCCUCUCGUGCCCUACUUGACAAGCUUGACAACCUCAACUUACCCCCUGUUCUUGGCGUCAUCCACGCUGCUGGCGUCCUGGAGGACCAAUUUGUCCUCAACGCCACGCCUGAAGAGUUCAAGAAAGUCAUAACGCCAAAGAUUGCUGGUGCAAUGAAUCUGCACGAGGCUUUCCCACCGACUACCAUUGACUUCUUCAAUAUGUUCUCCUCCUGCGGUCAACUUUUCGGCUUCCCCGGCCAAGCAUCUUAUGCCUCUGGCAACGCAUUCCUCGACGCUCUUGCUGAGCACCGUCGCCGACUUGGAGACAACGCUGUUGCCAUCCAGUGGACUAGCUGGCGCGGUGUCGGUGGUAUGGGCGACAAUGAGUUUGUCGAGGCCGAAUUGGACAGCCGUGGUUUCACCAGCAUCACCCGCACUGAGGCAUUCCAAGCCUGGGACGAAAUCUCCGGUCGAGACUGCGCAACUGCUACAGUUCUUCGCUCGCGUGUCCUGGACGCGGAUGAGAUCCUUCCAGUCCCGAUCUUGGAGCACAUUGCCAUCCGUCGAGAGGAUCCUCAAACUUCCGGGGCUGCGGAAGCUUCGUCGACGAGUGCGAAUAGCAAUGGCGCUCCAUCGCUUCCACCGCCUGGUCCUGAGCGGAACGUGUACCUUACCACUGCAAUUGCCGGCUGUGUGGCAUCCGUGUUGCAACUUGCCGGUGCAGAUGAGGUCGAUCCCAAGGCAGCAUUGUCGGAUUUGGGUAUGGAUUCGGUCAUGACUGUUGCCUUUAGGAAGCAGCUGCAGCAAAAUCUGAAGGUGAAAGUGCCACCAACUCUGGUUUGGGGACAUCCUACGGUCUCCCACCUGGUUCGUUGGUUCGGGGAGCAGCUAGGCGCUUGACUGCGUUAAAAGUCUACUUUAAUGCCCCUUUUUUCUUUUGUUCCAAUAUUAGGCUCAUUCUUCUUUUGAUAUUGGGUGUGGAGUCUAUGGGCUUUGAUUGGAUAUUUUCUUUGAUUUUGUUCAUAUCUUUCGACUUUUCUUCUAGAGUAUGCCAUUCUACAGCAAUAACGACAAAUGAUCGAACAAUUUAUACAAUUAUUAACGGUUAUUACUUCAACUAUCUUCUACCAUCAAUAUAUCUUCU